CAACUGUAGAAUCAAAGGCUUCCAUUUAAAUUCAAACCUCGUUGUUGGAUUUUGUGCAUGUUAUUUCUUGAAGUUUCAGUUUCUUAUAUGGGAGAAAUGGCAUUUACCUCAGAAUUACUCUGAAGAUCAAAUGGGAUUGCUUUAAAGCAUUUAGCACAGUGUCUGACCCAUGGUAGAUGCUUAGUAAAUGACAGCUAUAUCAAUAAUAAUAACAAUUUUAUUGAAUGAGAACCCUUCGCCAGCCUACAAAAAAAGGACAUGGGGAGGAUAAGGAAGGGUGAUAAAAUUAACUGAUUCUAAGUGUGUAUGAGAUAGAUUACAUUAGGCAGGGGUGCCACGAGGAUUAUUAUGAUAGUGACCUUGUUGCUAAGUGCAAAAGCAAAACAGUGACAUAGAAACAAGUGUGCUAAGUACUGAGUGGAGGAGAGAGAUGGAGGCAGACGCUGCGGGGGAAAAAAAAGACUGAUUAAAAAGGGCCCUUUGAUUACACAGGCACAAAAAUUCCACAGCCAGGAAUUUGCUACCACCUCUGAGUCAGGCCCACAUGGGGGUGGGGUGCACAAUCCCAUUAGUGGAGAAUGCCUAGUGGGUUUAGUCUGUGAGAGUCACAUUUCUUAUUUGGACCAGUGUAGACAGAAGUAAACCCAGCUCACUUGUUUCCUGGGACAGUUGAAUUAGGGGAUGGCUUUUGCAGAGCAUUCACCGCUGGCCCCUCACCGUCGGGACCUCUGUAGCCGCUCUAUCUGGCUAGCAAGGAAGAUUCGUUCAGACCUGACUGCUCUUACGGAAUCUUACGUGAAGCAUCAGGGCCUGGAUAAGAACAUCAACCUGAAUUCUAUGGAUGGGGUGCCAAUGGCAAGCACUGAUCGGUGGAGUGAGCUGACCGAGGCAGAGCGACUCCAAGAGAAUCUUCAAGCUUAUCGUGCCUUCCAUGUUUUGUUGGCCAGGCUUUUAGAAGACCAGCAGGUGCAUUUUACCCCAACUGAAGGUGACUUCCAUCAAGCUAUACAUAGCCUUCUUCUCCAAGUUGCUGCCUUUGCUUACCAGAUAGAGGAGUUAAUGGUACUCCUGGAAUACAAGAUUCCCCCCAGUGAGGCUGAUGGGAUGCCUGUUGGUGUUGGAGAUGGUGGUCUCUUUGAGAAGAAGCUAUGGGGCCUAAAGGUGCUGCAGGAGCUUUCACAGUGGACAGUGAGGUCUAUCCAUGACCUUCGUGUCAUUUCUUCUCAUCAGACUGGGAUCCCAGCACAUGGGAGCCAUUAUAUUGCUAAGGAGAAGAAAAUGUAGCAGUUGGUCCCUUCUGUCUUCCUUGCUUUCUUUUCUAAUGGAAUAUACAUAGUUCCCUGGGGCCUCACUUUCCCAUCUCAAAUUUCUGAAAAUGAUUAAGACUACAGGCAUUUUUUUUCUUUUUCCCUGACCACCUGUAGCCUGUUGAAGGACUGCAGGCAUUUUCAUUAAGUAGGGUUGGAGACACACACAAGUUUAGUCUGGGGUGGGUGUGUGUACAUGCUGUAGGUGUAAGAGGGUGGGAGCAGGGAUAACGUCCUUCCACUUAAGGAUUCUAACCUAACACUAAGUAACCACUGCAGACAUUUAACAGCCUUACAGAUAGAAUAUACAUAUGUUAAUUCUGUUCUGGAUGGCUCGUCUGAGAAGACUCAAUUUAAAAUCAGACUCUUUAGCCAAUUUAAACGCUUAAAUAAUAAAAAUAAUAGCUAACUUUACUAUAUUGAGGCAAUAUGCCAAGGGUCUUUAUUAUGUACAGGUUUUACAACCUUGUGAGCAAGUUGGUGGUACUCCCAUUUGGAAGAUGAGAAAACAGGCUCACAGAGAUUUGGUCAAGCUCACCCAGCUAACAAGUGACGCACUAAGUUUGAACACAGAUCAUUCUCCUUGUAAAGCCUCUGUGUCUUUCACUUUAGAGGCUUGAUUAUGAAUCACUACACCUCUUUGUCACAGUAUAUUGGAAGAUGCAUCCAUGUAAUCUAUUCCCAUUGCUGGAAAACAGCUGCCAUUACAUGUCCUCAGAAGUCAGUUGCAAAUUUUAGCGUUAAAGCCAGGAUUUGUUGUUCAUACUUGGCAGUGAAGAGGGCAGCUGGAGAUCUUAAGAUUCCACUUUGGAAAAUGAUUAGGCCCACCAAAUUUCUGAACCUUGGAAGCUGGGGCUGUAUAGUAGUACAGCUUGGUUUUAAAGUGCCCACUAAGUGUUCUUGAAUAUUGGGUUAGGCAACGGCUUAUACCAGGUUAUCUCACUUUUACUAUAAUUAGUAAUGCAGGCAGUGUAACCCAAGCAUUUAUGGACAUUGAGUGGAAUCCUACUCAAGUUAAGUCACCGAAUUUUCACCUCAAAUUUUCUGGACUUAGUCAUGAGGAGAGGGUGAGGCCAACUCUGUUUCUACUGGAGAUGCCAGAGACUCUGAAACUGUACAACAAAGCCUCUGUGCUGCACAACAAAGACUCAGGCUCUGCUUUUAAUUUCUUGUAAGAACCACAUAUAGUGUGAAAGGUUGUUAAAUGUGGCUGUGUACCUGGUGGUAUAAUGUGAAUCCAAACAUUUUCAAGUGUGUCAUUUAUUUUAUACUUAUCGAUUAAAACUCAAGAUCAUGGAUUGGGGGCCCAAGUUCGUUUAUUUAAUUGAGGCUUCUGUUUUCUUAAAUGAACCAUGAGUCAGGACUAGCUCCCUUAGGUUUCAUGAAGGGAUGGGUAACUUGGCUUGUAUCCUUACAUGGUGUGUGUACAAACUCCACGAAGUAACUAUUACCAGUACUCUGGGCUAGGCAUUGUGACAGUUCAGGGAAAGUGAGGCUCUGCUUUCUAGUACGCAUUUUGGAAAUAUGAUUGUAUGUGUGUAUACAUACAUGUACACUGUUACUAUAAUCAGUGAUGCAGACAGAGUAACCCAAGCAUUUGUGGACAGUGAGUGGAAUACUACUCAAGUUAAAAAGUCACAGAACUCCUUCACCUCACAUUCUCUGGAGUAAGUCAUGAGGAGAGGGUGAGGCCCACUCUCUUCUCACUGGAGAUGCCAGAGAUUCUGUGUACGCACACACAAACACACACACACUUGUAAGUCCCAGGUUUGUUAGGAAGUUAAAGGAAGAAAAUUAAUGGGGGCCCAAAGCAGUUUCCUGGAGGAGGUAGGAAUUACGUCUCAAUACAAAACUACAAAAUACUCUCUACUGGUUGGGUACAAAAUAAAAGUCAUGAGAUAAGGGAAGAGUUGAUCGUUUGUAAUUUGGGUACAGGUAUAUAGUUCCCCACUGAAUGUAUAGUCUUAUUCCAUUCAAGCUUUGUCUUAAUCAUUUCUUCUGCUUAACAGCAGCAUUCUCAAAUAAAGUUUCUGCUUAUUAAUAUGAAA